UUGAGGAAGAAAGUUUCAGUUGAUUUUCGAAACGCCAACGAGUUUGUUACAAUAAUGUCGGCACGCCUCUUAGUAUGUGCCUCUGCGCUUUUGGCAUUAGCCUCUGUUACCAGCAGCAGUGCUGCGCCUAAUGGACGUGUUGUUGGCGGCGUCGAUGCCACAAUCGGUCAGUUCCCACACCAGGUCUCUCUGCAGCGUGAAGAUGGCUCCCACACGUGUGGUGGAUCGAUUAUUAGUGAAAACUAUAUUCUGACAGCGGCGCAUUGUGUUGUUGUUGGCAAUGGUAUUGAACCUUAUCCUGCUAAAUUUUACCAAGUGCGGGUUGGCAGCAUACAACGUACGGUCGGUGGGCAGUUGUUGAAGUUGAAACGCAUUAUCGUUAACAAAACUUACGGUAAUUUCCUGAAUGAUGUAGCCCUCCUAGAGUUGGAACAACCCCUGGUGUUUACCAGCAAUAUACAAGCCAUCGAAUUGGCUGAUGAAGAGGUGGCCAGUGGUGAGGAUGUGAUAAUCUCAGGUUGGGGACGUCUAUCGACUUAUGGGCCAAUUCCGCAUCGCCUGCAAUGGAACACAUUGAAGGCCUUGAACGUAGAGGAAUGUGAAACUGCGAUUGAGAUGGGUCAUGACUGUUUGAUCUGUUUGGCUCAUCAAGAAGAGCAUGGCACAUGCUUUGGUGAUUCAGGUGGACCAGCCAUUUACAAUGGUAAACUGGUUGGCGUUGCUGGUUUUGUGGUGAAUGGUUGCGGUAGCGCCAAUCCCGAUGGUUAUGCUAAGGUGUUCUAUCAUCGUGACUGGAUUAAAGCUAAUGCCGGUGUCUAAAGUUGAAGACCAACAAUUAGAUAAAAGUCAAUUAUUUUUUAAAGAGAAAAAUUUCAAAAAGAAAGUUUUAAUGAAAAAUA